CAUAGGUUGGAGGAGCCAUAGAUUGGUCAGUGUAUGCGGCUCCUGGUAUCGCAUAGGUGAUUGUAACCUGCAGGGACACAGAUGCUCUUAUGGGGAGAGCUUUAUUUGGGAUUCUGCUGUCUUUCCAUUACCCGUGCUAUCGAGUUCAUGAGCUAUGGCUUGUCCAAAUUGCCUGUGAUCAUUAAGAAAGGAACAAGUCUUAAUGUGGGGGACUGUUCGCAAGCUGCUUUGACCCCUCCAGCGCCACCACGGUCCCCAUCACAAGGUGCGAGCAUCCCGAGAGGCCACACUUGCUAUGAGAAUUGGAAGAUCUAUGGUGGAGCAGGAUUUGUAUUGGCCGCACUGUGAUACGGAUGGCGAUCUAAAAGUAGAAGCUACGAAAUAAUAGUGGAGUGGAUAUAUGCUAUGACUCAUUACUAUAGUAGGAUUAUCAUCAG